UGCGAUUAACGACUUCACGUGAUCUUUUCCAAGCUAUAAAUGUGAACCAUAAUGCUAUAAUUAACAUUCACUUAAGUACUGUGAUAAACUGAUAAUCAAACAGUACAGAAGAAUGAGUUCACAGAAUCUAAGUAGUGUGUUUAUAGUUUUAUUUGCUGUUCUGUUAUGUCAAACAGGUGUUGAUUCACAGCUCCAAGUUGGCUUUUAUAUAAGUUCAUGUAACGUAGCGGAGUUCAUUGUGAAGGAGGAAGUUCGAAAAGGGGUGAUUGGAAAUCGAGGAGUGGCAGCUGGUCUUGUGAGACUGCACUUUCAUGACUGCUUUGUUAGGGGUUGUGAUGCAUCAGUGCUGAUUGAUUCAACUUCCUCAAACACAGCAGAAAAAGAUGCACCAGCAAACAACCCGAGUCUACGAGGGUUUGAAGUCAUCGACAAUGCCAAGGCCAGACUUGAAUCUAUAUGCAAAGGUGUCGUAUCAUGUGCUGAUAUAGUUGCUUUUGCAGCAAGGGAUAGCGUUGAACUUACUGGAGGGCUUGGCUAUGACGUUCCUGCUGGAAGAAGAGAUGGCAGAGUUUCAGUAGCUUCAGACACAUUCACAAACUUGCCUCCUCCAACUGCCAAUGUCAACCAACUCACACAACUUUUUUCAAACAAGGGUUUCACGCAAGAUGAAAUGGUCACUCUCUCUGGAGCACACACAAUUGGGCGCUCUCACUGCAGUUCUUUCAGUAAUAGAUUGUACAACUUCAAUGCAACAACAAAGCAGGACCCUAGUUUAGAUCCCCGGUACGCUGCGCAGUUGAAGCAGCAAUGUCCACAAGGCAACACAAAUCCAAACUUAGUGGUUGCCAUGAACCCUUUCAGCCCUUUCACAACCGAUGUAUCCUACUACGCUGACAUUUUGGCAAACCGAGGCUUGUUCACAUCAGACCAAACUCUCAUCACAAACUCUGCAACCGCAAACCAAGUUAAUCAAAAUGCCAGGAAUCCCUUCCUGUGGAAUAACAAAUUUGCUGCUGCAAUGGUGAAGAUGGGACGACUCGGUGUCCUGACUGGCAAUGCUGGUGAGAUUCGGGCAAAGUGCAGGGUCUUUAACUAGCACAAAGCAAGGAGGACGGUUAUCCUAAAAGCUCGAAGAUGGAGACGCUUCAGCCCUUUAAUCCUAGUUACUCAAUCGUCUCAUUGUGCUCCUAUUAGUUUAAUAAUUACGUGAUAAGCACUUAACGCAUGUUGCUGUUAGGUAUUAUCAUUUUUUA